UGGUCCCCUCCCACUCCGCUCUCAACCCUCUCGCAAUCUCCCUUUGCCUUUAAAAAAAGCCGAAUCCCAUCCACCGCCUAUAGUAAAUGUAGAAGAAUUAGCUGCAAAGAGCACCGCAUUUUCUCUCCUGUCUUCUUUGCAGUGGCAAGAAAACCUACGAAGCUUCCUGUAGAGAUUGGCCCACAAAUCCCAUUUUCUGAGCUUCGUUUCUUCGCCGGUUGCAGAGAUCUCCGCUCCAAUCGAUCGGUGAUCGUCGGUCACUUUCUCUAAAGAUUUGAAUCUUUCACGACGGAAUGGCUUGGGAUUUGGAAUUCUAGGGUUUCUUUUUGCGGACGAGGGAGAUGCACAAGGGCCGGUCCCCGGAGCCUUUAGAUUUCUUCAUCUGGACCGUCGAGGAUGUUGGGUUAUGGCUGGAAGAAAUAAAUCUGGGCAGCUACCGCCAGGUUUUUGAAGAUAAUGCUGUCAAUGGAGAGUACUUAGAGAGCUUAUCCAUGUUCACAACGGAACAGAUUCUGCGGUUUAUCAGACGAUGCCACAUGAAAUGGGGAGAUUUUAUUACACUCUGCAAGGAGUUACGGCGCAUUAAAGUUGCAUGCCUGAAAGGAGAGCAAGCAGUUCGCAGGCCAUGGUGGGCCCCAUCAUGCCUGUCAGUGGUGUUUGUUAGGGUGGCCAAGCGCAAUAGGCAGUCUCGGGUUGUCUCCUUGAAGCUGGAACCUUGAGCUUCUACAUGAAAUCACCUUACCUCACAUGCUACACCAUACCCAUCAACCUUUCCCUUGCGCCUCUGUUUUUCAAUCCCCUUUCAUUUCCUGUUUAACUUUUGGGAUAAUGGCAUGUUGUUGCUAUGGGCUAGUGGGUUAUGAGGUGUUUUAGGUGUGCAGACAGUUUAGCUGUGCUUAUCCCUGUUUUGUUAUAUAUAAUUUUCUAGUCACUGUGUUAUGUAUUUGUUGAUCAAUUUUUCAUAUAUAGGUUUUUGUUGUGGCUUGAUCCAAGAAGAUAUAGCUUUUUAUGAGGAAAAUUAUAGGAAAUUCCGAUCAUCGCACUUUUAUGAAGCAGUGAAAGAUGCUACGAUUUUAAUAUUUGUGAAGAACAACCAUCACAAGUCUUCCUUUCAGAACAAGGCAUUACAUGCCUGCUAAGUGAACGAGUCAGAUUUUGAUGUGCCCUCCCUCAAGAUUUUGUUAUCAAAGCAGUGUUUUAGCAACUGCACAGGACUGUGCAAUUGGAAAGUGAUCAAGGACUACUUGUUUCUGCUACAGAUUUACUUCAUCGAGUGACCACGUUUCUUUUUGCUAGAUCAAAAUGAAAUUGUUGCAAAUGAAUCAUUCAAAAACAUUGUUGGAACAUGUGUUUGUUUGUAUGGUUUUGCACUUGUACAAGUCGCAUGAGUUUUUGUUUUUUGUUGUUUGUUGUUGUUGUUCCAUCGACACUAGGACAUUGUAAUGGAUGGAUAGAAAGCUGCGAUAUUAGAUUCUCUGUGUUCA